AUGGCGACCACGUCCAGUAUUUCGGCCGCCAGUGGCUACGCCACCUACGGCAACGCCGACCUGCCGGACUUGUCCUCGUACACGGUGGCGGCGGCAGCCGCAGCGGCAGCCGCCGCCGCGGCCGGGCCGGUGCCCGUGUCUUUCAAGGUUGCGCCCGGUGCCGGCCCCGGCACCGGUGCCCCGCCGGUCGGGUAUCUGACGGCCGCCGGGCUGGCGGCCGUGGCCGCCACCGGCCUCGCCACGCGCGACCCCCAACACGCCCACCCCUCCCAGCAAUACCCCCACCCAUCGCAGCAGUACCCUCAUCUGUCACAGCCGGCCCCGGCGCACCAGUCCCCUCCGCAGCAGGCGCAGCAGCAAGCGCACUACACUUCGCUGCCACAGGCCCGGUAUUAUUUGCACUCGGGUGCCCUUCCCCUGGGCGAUCUCCAGCAGCAGCAGCAGCAACAGCAGCAGCAGCAGCAGCAGCAGCAGCAGCAGCAGCAGCAGCAGCAGCAACAGCAGCAGCAGCAGCUCCUCCAGCUCCUUAGCCACGGGGCCGCUCAAGGCCUGGCGGCCAAUUCGCAGAUGCCGGCCCCUCCCGCCGCCGGCCCCGACCACACCAAGCACUUUGACGCCCCGGCCGGUGGUCCUCCAUCCUUUGUCGACCCGCAGGCCGUCGCCUUCACCGGCCCCACGCCGGUUCCCCAGUUCCACUUCACCUCGGCCGACGCGCCGACCGACGUCUUUCACUUCAAUCAGCAGCAGCACCACCAGCACCAGUACCAGCACCAGCACCACCACCAACAACAACAACAACAACAACAACAACAACAGUACUUCCCCCAUGCCGGCAUGACGCAGGCACCACAGUAUGCCGGCUACGGCGCCGAGCCGCUGAUCGCCAUGUCCUCCUCGGCCGAGCGCAUCUCCUCGUCUCAUACAUUCCUGGCCUCCGAGCCGACUGGGCACUUCCUGGACCCCGGCUGCCAGCCCUUCCUCACCGAUACCGCCAUGCAGGACGACCUCUUCGCCGCCGCGGGGGCCAUGCCCCGGCACUGGCCGCCGGAGUAUGCCACCGGACACUCGCCGGCGGCGCACAUGGCCGGACACUCGCCGCACACCAGCAUCUCCUGCCUGGUGGACUCCAUCAGCGCCCCGGGGUCCCUGGUUACCGCCACGACCACCGGCAGCUCCAUGUGCCUGGCAUCUCCCUCCGGCGCGACGGGCACCAUGUCGGCCAGCCACUCGCCGAACUCCUCGCUCUCAUGUCUGGCCUCCAAUGGCCAGGGCGGCGCCCACCACAUCGGGUCCAACUCCUCGCUGUAUCACCACCCCCACUCCCACCACCACCACCCCCCCCACCAUCCAUUGCAGGCGGCCGGCUAUCAGCCGACGCACCUGGCUCCGCCGUCCAAUGGCCACCACUUCGCCGGGGGCUCCUCCUUCGACGCGGCGGCCGCGGUCAUGGCGGCAGCCGUCUCCGCCGCCGCCGCCGCCGCCGCCGCCAGCCGCGAGCAUCUCCACCACAUGAACCCCUCUUCCUCUUCACAAACCUCCUCAUACAUGGUCGACAGCCGGACCUCUCUGCCGGACCUGGCCAAUCGUGGCCCGGAAGAUCCCGCGGCGCAUGGCCAUCCUCGUGGCCGGUCGACCACCUUCAGUUACGGGGCGCCGAAUCGCGGCCCGGGCGACUCGGAUCCCGCGGCCACCGGGUCACUCCUGUCGCUUCUGUCGCAGGCGGCGGCGCCAGGUGUGGCGGACGCCCUCCCGCCGGCCGGGACAGCCACCGCCGCCGCCGCCGCCGCCGCCGCCUCCGCGCACGCCCUUGCCCAAGGGUUCUCGGCCAUCCCGGAGCCUGGGCUGUCGGGCGGCAGUGCCAAUGCCUCGCCGGCGUCCUCCCCGCCCCGAGACGCCCAUGCCGGGCACCAAGGCCACGGCCCCCCGGGCACGCCGCAUCCCCACGACCAGGAGCCCCCUCUGCCGCAGGACAUCUUCAUUCCGGCCUGCCAGCUGACCUCGGCCGCCGCGUCCCAGAGCAUGGCCGGGGUGAUCGCCGCCCUGUCGGCCCGGCAUCCGCACCUGUCGACCGGCCUGCUGGAGCAGCUGGCCGCCUUCAAUCCCGGUCCCUCGCUCAAGGUGGAGGGUGUUCUCGGCAUGGGUGCCUACGAUGUGGUUGCGCACAGGUGUGAGUGA